CCAAGCAAGAAACACUCAGAAAAUAUGGCUCAAGAACCCACCUCUGCUCACCUCUUUGUCGAUGAAUUCUACUUCUCAGCCCUCCUGGAUCAGCUUGAAGAUACUGAAGAUUUCGUAGUUUCAGACGCCAAGUAUGCGGAAGAGCUGCAAAUUAGUUCAGAUUUUUCAUAGAAAGCAGAAAAUUUAGGAAUGGAGAGGAAGAGAAAGGAGGUUGAUAGAGGGAAAAGUAAGUCCCAUUUGGCUUCCUCUAGUGGGAGUAUCCACUCUCAGGCACCAAAGGCACCUAUGAAGAUGGAACAAGAUGGAUCAUCCACAACUAAAGCAAAAGCGGCAUUACAUUAUCAUAAUAUUGAUGAGAUCAUGAAAAAGGCGAGAUUUGGUGAAGCACUGAAGAUCGAAAAAGAUGGAUCAUCGAGGAGUAAAGCAAAAGCAGAAUCAUAUACACUUAACCAGAUCAUCUCAAAGGCACUAACUAAGAAGAUGGAAAAAGAUGGAUCAUCAAGUAAAGAAAGAGGAGGAUCACAUUCUUUGAUGGAGAUGAUAGAAAAGGCUAAAGCAACGAGAGCAUCCGUGAAGAUGCAAAAAGACCGAUCAUCAACAAGUAAAGCAAGAGCAUCAUCGCAUUCUCUAGAGAUCAAGGACAAGGCUAAACUUGGUGAAGCAAGAAAAGCAGCAGUGAAGAUGGAAAAAGACGGAUCAUCGGCAAGUAAAGCAAGAGCAGCAUCACAAUCUUUGUUUGAGUUGAUGGGAAAGCCUAAACUUGGUGAACCAUCAAAAAUCUUGUGUCUAAACAAGGGCACGAGUAGUAUGUUUAGAUGCCCGGCUUAUAAAUGUAAACCUAUUCUAGAACUUAGCCCUGGAAUUGUCCCCGGACCUGUAUUCCAAAGAUGGAAUGCAGCAAAGUAUGAAGCACUCCAUAUUGAAUCCAAAAAAAACCAGAGUCCUUUUGAGGACUGCAACAAGGGAGGAGUCAGCAGAGAGAGUGAGUAUCCAUGGAAUUCCCAUAAGGAUCAGCUCCGGGUAGUGGGAGAAUCUGGUAAAAAAGUGGGGGAAGCAUCACAGGGAAGGUUUAGGUUUUAUGGGAUGUGUGAAAUCUGCUGUGAAAGGAAGGAAAGUACUGGGAUGUUCAGAAAUGAGGGCUGCAGGCACUCGGUCUGCACUGACUGCAUAAGCAAACACGUAGAAGUUAAGAUUGAAAGCAACUCCGGCAUGAUUCUAUGCCCGGGUAUGGACUGCAGAGGUGUGCUAGAUCCGGAGCGCUGCAAGGGAUUCUUGCCCAAAACGGUGGUGGAGAGGUGGGAAAGGGCAAUAAUCGAGACACUGGUUCUUGAUUCGGAGAAAUUCUACUGCCCUUUCAAGGACUGCUCAGCCAUGUUGCUGAAUGACAGUGCAGAAGCAGUGAUGAUGAUGAGAGAGUCUGAGUGUCCUCAUUGCCGGAGACUCUUCUGCGUACAGUGUCGUGUUCCAUGGCAUUCGGGGAUGGAAUGCAGAGAAGUCCAGAGGCUAAAUGCAGAUGAAAGAGGAAGGGAAGAUAUGCUGCUGAAGAAGCUAGCCGAGGAAAAGAAAUGGAAGAGAUGCCCCCAAUGCAAAUUCUACGUAGAAAAAAUUGAAGGCUGUGUGCACUUGACCUGCAGAUGUGGAUUCGAAUUCUGCUAUCGAUGUGGAGGAAAAUGGUCAGUGAACCAUGGCACAUGUCAACUCUGGCGAUAGAACUUCAAGGAUCUUCUACAACUUUUGCAUCCUUCUUUUUACUCAAUUUGAAUUUCAGUUGGUAGGUUUUGCAUUUUGGUGGGAUAAUUUGUUGACAGAGUAUUUAAUUCAAAAUGGGACUACUAUCAUCUAUCAAAGUAGUGAUUGAGUUGAACUUUGAAGGUGUGAUAUCUACUCCAAUGAUAGAAGAAAAUUUUGGUUA